UUUAAGAUUUUCAGACUCAAGAAAGUGUAAACCUUCUUCCUCCCUAAAAAUGACGAUUCCGGUUAUUGACUUCUCAAAGCUCAACGGCGAAGGGAGAGCCAAGACAAUGGCUCAGAUAGCAAAUGGAUGUGAACAAUGGGGAUUCUUUCAGUUGGUGAAUCAUGGGAUUCCAGUAGACCUUCUGGAGAGGGUGAAGAUGGUGAGCUCUGAGUGCUACAAGCAAGAGAGGGAAGAUAACUUUUUCAAGAACUCCGCACCAGUAAAGUUGUUGAAGGAGUUAAUCGACAAGAAAAGUGGGGACAAGCUGGAAAACAUCGAUUGGGAAGACGUAUUCCUCCUCUCAGACGAUAAUGAAUGGCCAUUAAAGACCCCAGGAUUCAAGGAAGCCAUGGUAGAAUACCGUGCAGAGGUCAAGAAACUGGCGGAGAAGCUGAUGGAAACAAUGGAUGAAAACUUAGGAAUACCAAAGGGGUACAUAAAGAAGGCUUUUAAUGGUGGAGAGGAAGACAACGCCUUCUUUGGGACUAAGGUAAGUCACUACCCACCAUGCCCUCAUACUGAAAUGGUGAGUGGGCUACGUGCGCACACCGAUGCUGGAGGUGUCGUCCUUCUUUUCCAGGAUGACUUGGUCGACGGUCUACAGAUUCUUAAAGAUGGUGAAUGGAUUGAUGUGCAACCAAUCCCAAAUUCCAUUGUCAUCAACACCGGUGACCAAAUAGAAGUGUUGAGCAACGGUAGAUACAAGAGUGUCUGGCAUCGUGUUAAUGCUAAAGCCAACAAAACUAGGAGAUCUAUAGCCUCAUUCUAUAAUCCUUCCUAUGACGCAACCAUUGAACCUGCAACCCAACUUGUCAAGAAAUUAGAAAACGAAGAGGUUAAAUUUGGAUACCCAAAGUUUCUUUUUGGUGACUACAUGUCUGUGUAUACGGAACAAAAGUUUCUCCCAAAAGAACCAAGGUUCCAGGCUGUGAGAACUGCGUCAGCAGAUAAACAUCAUGCAACUUCUUUAAAGAAGUAACAAAAUCGCUAAAUGUGUGAUAACAAAAUGCUGGGUGUUUUAAGCUUUAACAGAAGUGGCAAAAGUGUUGCUACUAUGCAGAAUAGUGCACGAAGUUUUAUUGGGUGUACUGUGUUACUCAUAUUGUAUGAUUUCUACGUUAAAACAAAUCUUUUUGAAGGUAAAAUGUACUUUGUGAUGUACGUAACUUGUAAGGACCGCACGUCGGUGACUCUUGGG